AUGAUAAGCGCUAAAGAAGAAAAAUCUGAGAGUUCGUCUUCGGACGAGGACGAAGAAUCUUUGAGAGAACUGGUAAGUUGUAGUUGUCAGUAGUUGUAACUUCCAAUUUUUAGCAGUUUUACAGUGAUCGAUUGUGGUUUGAUCUCUGUUCUCUUAUUGUUCUCAACUUUUUUAGGUUUUUUUCUUAUUUGGGGUUUUCUUUUCAUAAAUAGUGCUUUGUUUUCGGUUGUUGAAAGAUCAGUCGAUAGUAACUGCAGGGAACUGAUUGAAUUCAUUACAUUGAACAUUAAUUUUUAAAAAGCUUGAGAUUACUUUGGUCAACAUCGAGUUUACGUGAUCAUUAAUGAAAGCCCAUUUAUUUUAGAGUUUUCGUAGCGGAGUAAAUUUUGAUGUGUUUUUCUAUUGCACUGUUUUGAAUGGAUUUAUGUAUUGAAGUUUUCAGCGUGAAAACUGUCAGAAGAGUGUGCCGGUGGUUGCAGCCAAGCAAGGGCUGCGCUGCAAAUGGGGUUUGAUUAAGAUUCCUGGGGAUCGUUUCAUUUGAUCUUGACCAAGGAUAUCCUGGUUUCUAGCUUCAGACAAAGUUUUCAAGCAUUCCUCUUCUCCUAAUACGCUUUCAAUGUCAUAAUGCAAAGAGCAGUGAAAGGAGAAGAUCAAAACCAACAUGUACGCUUAUGCAAAGCAAUAGUUCUCUGAUCAAGCCUUAGACCUAGCCUUGCCACAACUCCAUCUUUUAAAGCCUUUGAAGGCAAGAGUAUGCAAGUCACAUAGUUGCACCUAGGCCCGAUUUCCGCCAACUCCUGAGUUCAGUCUUUGGUCACUCUCAAUCAGGGGGAUGAUGGCAGGCUUAUUUGUCCAGAACAACAGCUGGUAAUCAAGCCUAGCUGCACCAGAAAAUCCAAGUUGAGAGGUACUCAUGCAGAAAAUACAUUAUGCCCUUUUUGGGGAGGCACAUUACACAACAACCCUAAUAACAGCUGGAUAGGGAUGCCAGACUGACUGCAAAAACCACUGUCAUAAUUUCUUUUUCUUAUCUUUACUUUGUGAGUUUUUCUUUUAUGUUCGCAUUUUUCUUUUAUUUUUGUGUUUUUAUCUGUUUGUUAUUUUUUUAAUUUUAAUAUUUUGCCUUGACCUAACCAUCAUGACCAGUUAAUCAUUAAAUCUUACCACUUUGGUAUAUUCUGAAUCUAUAGCAGACUGUUUUUCAUUUGGGACUUAGAAGAUAUUUUGCUGGCAAAUAUACAGUUUAUUAUAAUAUUUUUUUUAUGUCCACUUUUGUGACAUUUUAGGAAUUUUAAGAUUUUAAGUAGACAAACUAUACUAUAAACAUUUUUCUUUUUUUCUUUUUGUUUCACUUUAUUAUUUUUUCAUGUUUGUAUUUUGGUUUGUUUUGUUCUUUUUUAUGUUGUGAAGAGACAAGCAGUUCAGUCUGUCAAUAAAGCCAGAUCAAAAAGGAAACACACGAAAAGCUCCCUUGAAGAACUGGUACAUGAUUAAGUUUUCAUUGUGAUAUAUCACCACAUAAAUGCAUACGAAUAAAUACACACAAAGACAAUAGUUGUUAGGCACAUUUGUAGAAGUGAAUCUACUGUACUACAGUUGCACUGCUUUAUUUUAUUUCACAUUCAUUUUAAAUAACUUUGAUAAAAAAAAGAUGUGAGACAAGAAAUAGUGGUUUGGCUUUCACAACAGAUCAGGGACCAUUAAGUAUAAUCAAAAGUUAUGACAGCAUUUAUACAGCAGCAUUAACUUCAGCCAGUGACUCCUUGGAGCCUACAGUUCAGACAUUUUUGGGGGUAGGGGUGGGGAUGAGAACUGUGUAGAAUUUGCUUGGGUUGCGGUGAAAAAGUCAAAGGGGAGUAGCCACCUACACAAUGAGCAUUAUUAGGGAUUUUCAGGCAGGGAAGACAGGCAAGAAAACAACUGGCUACAAGGGCUGUGAAAAUGAGAAAACUGCCUUGAUAAUCAUGCUAGAGAGUGAAACCCUAAACAAUGAAUUUUCCUGCACACUGCAAAGCAUUAAGUCCAUUGAUUGGUGCGCAACAGUUUUUUAAGCCUCUUGCCAGUCAGUAGAUUGACUUUUCAAAAAAGUCCUUCUCGUGACUUUGUCACUCGCUCAGCCGCUUCGUGGCCUUAACAGCUCACUCCACUUGGUUAGAAACUCAUGAGGUUGACUUGUGGCGAGUCUAGCCAGUAACCAUGACUUAGACAACAAUCCUAUUUUUCAAUUUUAAAACAUCUGUUGAAUUAAAGUUAGAGAGGAGUUUGGCUGUGUCCCGAUCAGGUGGUAAAAAAACUUCCUUUUCAAGGAUAUUCAAGCUGUCUUGGCUUAGAUAUGGGAGUACCAUUAUGGAACCCUGCGUUCAGUUAGGAAAUAAAUUAAGACUCACUGGAUUAUGCUGAUAGAACAGGGUUUGCACAGUCUUGUAAAAUCCUUGAAUUUUAGAGGGAGUCCUUGAAUUGCAUUUUUCCUUGAAAAGUCUUUAAAUUUCUGUGCAAGUCCUUGACUUUUCUUCAACUUUGAAUGUAGAGGCCUAAAAAGUGAUUUUUAAUGCCUUUUGGUUGUCUGAGACACAAUAUAAGUCAUAGCUAUGUACAUAAAGCAUUUUUUGUUUUAUGCAAGAAUGAGAGGAGAAGUCGUUUUGUCAUGUUGCCAUGGUAGCAAAAUUUUUGGAUGACAACAAACUAAUAAAGUCACUUAAAAGUCUAUUUGCACUAUUUCAAACUUCACCAAUCUUAUUUAAUUUCAUUUAAUUUGGCAAUUUUUGUGUUGUGUACACCUACUCCAUAAAGCAAGCUCAUGAAAUUAGGAAGUUUCAUGUCGUAGUGGUGCAAUGACCGCAAAGAAAUGUACGAAAUAACGUUUUGUACGUGCAAAGUUGUUAUUUGUCAAUAUAACCAUAUUUUCCACCUCUCUCCUUGCUGCGGGGAGCAAGGGAUGGCGCAGUGGUGAGAGCGCUCGCCUCCCACCAAAGUGGUCCAGGUUCAAAUCGACAUCAUAUGUGGGUUGAGUUUGUUGUUGGUUCUCUCCUUUACUCCAACAGGUUUUUCCGCGGUACUCCGGUUUUCCCCAGGCCUCAAAAACCAACAUUUCCAAAUUCCAAUUAGAUCAGGAAUCAGGUAGAUGAAGAACCACUUUGUGGAUGUAUAACGUGCUACCUCCAAAUCAUUAUUUAUUUAUUUUAUUUGUUGCCGUCGUUGUUGGUUUUGUUGUCAUCCAGAGACAGUGCUACCAUGGUAAUGUGAUGUCACACUUCUCCUCUCUAUUAACUAUCAAUUAAUCAGGUGAACUUAAAAAUGUAGAGAAGGUUGAUGGAGCAAACAGUUCAAGGCUUUUAAAGUCCUAUUUAGUCAGAAUGGACUGGUUAUGUCCAUUUUUGCACUAUCUGUGAGGUAACAUUGCUGGUAGGUGGUCCUUGAAAGUCAAAUGUUGUCUUUGAAAAGUCCUUGAAAAAAACUUAAAAAAUGGUUGCAAUUUUUUGUAUGAACCCUGUAGAAACUAGGUCUGCUUUCAGAGUAUGGCUAAUGAUUUAAAAUUUGUGCUGUUAUGUACAUUUAAGACUUUGCUCUAGCACUGCCCAAUUGCCCCUGGUACUUGACUCUCCCAGGGGACUAGAAAAAAUAAUAAUCUUAGUUUUUUCAUAGAAAUCAUUAUGCUGGGUACCCUAGAUUUCAUAAUUUUAGGGUACUGCUGGCCCCCAAGUCAAUUUUUCCCAGAGCACAGCCUUGACAUUGCAUAGGUUAGAAAUCCUUUAGUAACCCAGUGGCCAGUUAUCCAGCUCAUUUCUUUUGUCUAUAGUGCACUGUAAAUGGAGUCAAGUUUGAAAAGUUACAGAAAGGAAGUCCUUUUUUACAGUUUAGGAACCUCUACAAGAAGAGUCCGAAAGGUUUCUAUUAACCGUACCUCUUGAAAGGUUCGGAUGUGAGCCUCACUCUGAUGGGUCAGCAGAUUACAAUGCUGGAGAAUCUGGAAUGUUUACCAAACUUAACCGAGUUAUGUGUGUCAGAAAGCAAGCUGUCUGUAAGUCAAUUUUUGUAGGACACUGUACACUAUAUGUCCCCCUGCCCCCUCUUCAUGGGAUGACUUUUCAGUAUUCUGGUCUGGUUUAAAUAACUGCACUAACUUUUUUGGUGAAAAAAAGGUAAACCAAGCUUUCCUGGGUGUCUUUUUUUGAGAACACAUGCAAAAACUUUAAGUUAAAUCUUGUACUCAUACUCAUUCUAGUCCUCAAAUCUAAAGCUCCCUAAUAUUAAUAGUAGACUGAGAGAGAACUGGAAACGAGUCAGUAACUGGUGGAGUGUUUGACCCUGGUAGAUCUCCUCGGAUGAAAUGCAUUAACACUUUUUUUUUUUAGUCAGGCCUAUCUUAUUGAUGAGUACUAGGGAAAACAGGGAAACCAGUAAAGUGUUGGAUGCCAACUGCUUUUCUCUUCUACUCCCAACCUCGACACUCCCUCCUCCCCCCCACCCCCCGGUUUAUAACAAUAUUUUUUUUUCUCAACAGAAAAUUUCUGGUCUCAGUGAGUGUAAACAGUUAAGAAAACUGUUGUUGUAUGACAAUAGGAUUUCAAAAAUAGAGAAUAUUUCACAUCUGGAUCAGCUGAGUGUCUUGUGGCUCAAUAAUAACAGAAUCAUUGAAAUAGAGGUAACAUAGCCAGUAACCAUUAAUAAAAUGUAACUUUCAGAUUAUUUACACCAGUUAUAGUUAAGCUCAUCAAGUGAGGGUAUGUUGAUGAUGUGCAUGUUGUUAGUUCAACCUACUCUUGCUCAUCCAGACUAGUUCAGAUCAAGCUUUUAGCCAAGAAUUGGUAAAUGGCCAUCCACCAAUCGGGGUGUUUGAAAUCACUGACUGAGAAUCAACAAGAUGUGCUUUUUAUUUAUUUAUUUUCUCCUAAAAAGUGUCUGUCCACUGGAUGGCUGGUUGGCCACCUGGGUAAAAGCUUGGUUCAGAUAAUCAUGCAGCGUGCAAAGACAAUCAUGUCUAUAACCCUGGGGAUAAUGGAUUUUGCUAUUAUGCUAUUAAAAAAAAAUUCUGUUCUUAACUUGGCCAACAGGCAAGUGAAGUUUUUUGGAAUAACUGUUCAGAAGUACUUUAACACAAAUUUCAAAUUCCUUAUAAAUUCACAUGAGCCGACCAAAAGCCAUUUUAAGUUCAUCUGACAAAGUGAAAUCUGUCAAAACAAGUAUGAAAACAAGCAUAAUAUGUUAAUAACACUACAUUUCAUUUCAUACUAGAGGUUGUGUGAUCCGUUCACGAUCAAUCUUCGGGUAAAAGUAAGGCUCCUAAAGCUUUUGUUAAAUCAUGGCUGACUAAAACGAAUUUAUAAAGCAAUAAUUAUUAAUUGAUUAACUAAUGUUGUAAUUAUUAAUUAAUUAUUAGUUAUUAAUUAAUUAUUCAUCAUGCUCGUGCAUCAAAUCUUUUUUUUAGGCCAGUCCAAAUGACUUUCAGGCUAGUGCAUGCUAGCUGUAAAACUGAUUUUCUUUGCACCCUGUCAUGUCAUUAAUAACAGUAGGCUGUGACUUAAGUGCUGGUAAUUGGCCUCGCCUCAUCUAUCCUUCCUCAUCAUAACUCAAAGUCUUUUCAUGAUGCAGGGAUUAGACGGGCUUCUCUAUCUUCUAGACUUAAACUUGGCUGCAAACAGAAUAACAAAAAUAGGUGAGUGGUUCCAACUCUCCAAAACUGGUAACAGUACUUUUUAACCCUUUAAACUCUAAGAUCAAAAUUUGAAUUCUCAUUUGUUGCCCCCAUUCAUUUCUUACAGAAGUAGUGGGGAGAAGUUGAUAAAAUAUCAAGAGAAAUUUGAUGCUGAUCACUCUUAAAGGUUUAAUAAAAAAGGGCAACUUACUGAAGAUAAUGUCAUAGUAAUUUUAUCUCUUAAUCAAUAGACUGAUGAUGUAUAUAUGUUACAGGUCAUAAUAAUAUUAAAAUCAGGUUCAAUUUUUUUAACCCAAGUUGAUUCUCAAUUUUCUUUGUCUCCUAGCCCUAAUUCAUGAAUAGUUAGGGCUAGGAGACAAAGGAAAUUGAGAAUCCACCCAGAUUAAAAAAUGUUGGUAGACCUGAAUUUAAUUUUGAGCUGUAACAUAUACAUAUGUAGCUGUGUGGGUAUUGUUUCACUGAUUCAGAGUAAAAUAAGCUUUGGUGCAGUUUAAAAAAACUCUUAAACAGUUCUGCUUUUCUGCAGGAAAUUCUCUCAGUGGAAAUUUAAACCUUAAGACGUUAGACCUUUCUGCAAAUUGCAUUGCAUCAUUGAAGGUACAGUUUAUUGUCUUGUCAGCCUUAACUUGUUUUUAAGGAGUCUUAACUCGUUCAAAGUUAAUUUACUCGUCCAUGGUACUGGAUGGCGGCUCGAUCAAAGAGGCAAACGGUUGCUUGCAGUGCCUUUUCUCCUUCAUUACGUAGCGUCCGACCUGGAGAAAUCACUGCUUGCAGGGUAAUAUACCAUAGACCUGGAAUAUAAUAUUACCUUGAAAAAUGAUAUCACAUAUUGAAGAUAGUGUUACUUGCAAAUUUUCCAGCCAAAUUUUCAACAGUGGAAUCUCGAUUAGAUGAACCUCUUUAUAGCGAUGUCCUCGGCAUAACAAACGACUUUCUUCGCCCCAGCAAAAGCAAAAUAUAUGGAUAAGAACCUCAAUAUAACAAACCUUGUUAUAGCAAACAUAUUUUGUGGGUAUCUUGGCCCUUCGUUAUAUAGAUGCUCUACUGUUUUGUAAUAUUCUAAUUUCAUGUUCAACUAACAAAUAAAUUAUCCAGGUCUUAGAUAGUCUACUACACAGCUGUUUUUAGUGUCGUCACACAACGCUCCUCCCCACAAAGGGAGGACCGUUGCGUGACGACACUAAAACUGGCUGUGCAGCAGACUAGGUCUUAGAAGAAUGACCUAAAUAAUAAUAUAAAUUUCCCUUUACCAGGUAAAGACCUGUCUCAUGUUGUUUUUAAAUUGUAUAGGAUCUGACAAACCUUUCGCGUCUACCCUGUCUGGAGUCAUUAAGCCUAAAGGAUCCGGUGUAUGGACCAAACCCUGUAGCAUUGUUGUGUAACUACUCCACUCAUCUGCUCUAUCACUUGCCACAGCUACGUAGGGUUGACUCAUACAGUGUGGAAAACAAAACACUCAAAGAUCUAGCAGAGGUUAGUUUCUGACUAAAUCAAUCCUCCAAGUUGCGACCAUCUGGCGCCUAAAAUUUCGGAGCUGGCAACUUGAUUUGUAAGAAAACGCUGAAAAAAGUCUCCCUAGGCAAGGGACCAGAGGCCAUUAAAAGCGUGUGAACUUUGGCAAUGAGCAGUCUACAUGCACGUGGUAGCAAUGAUUUUUUCCAUAAAAUCUUUUUGUCAUGUUAGUUUAAAAAAUUACCAACAAUUUUUCUGUAACCUAAAGAAAAUCAAUCAGGGUCAGGGUUCCAAGGCCUCGGUGACACACAUGACCUCUACCCAAACGUUCCUCAAGUGCCCCCCACCCCACCCCCGGUCUUAAUAUUAAUAGGGAGCUUAAGCAGCAACGACGGCGACGGCUGCGAAAACGUCACUUAAAAAGUGAUGUCGCGCUGCUUUAAACUUUAUCGCGCUUAUUCCAUGUCGUUCGUCAAAUUUUAGCAAUUUUAUUCUGGAGUUGAGUUAUAAAAGACUGUAUCGAAGUUCAGGAAAAGAAAAAAAAGUCGGCGUUGUCUUGAGUUCACGUACUCCACAAAACGUGAAAUUAGACAUUUUCACGUUGUAGUCGUGCAGUGACGGUAAAGAAAUGUACAAAAAAGCGUGAUGCACGUGCUGAGUUGUUGUUUUGCCAAUUUAAACCUAUUGCUUUUUUGUCGUUCUCGUUGACGUCGCCUUCGUCGUUGCUUAAAGGUGAUGUUACACGGGACGAUUCGCAACGACGAUUUUUAGCGCAACACAGCGUUGCAAUGCUGGAACAAUGUUGUAACUAUUCGAAACAAUGUUGCAACGUUGUGUCGCGCUAAAAAUCAUCGUUGCGAAUCGUCUCGUGUAACAUCAUCUUAAGCUCCCUAAUAUAUAAAUGUUUUUGGCUUUGGAUUCAGUUUUUUCUUUAUUUACAGACCACAGUGAUAAAGAAAAAGAUGUAUUACAACAUGCGUGUAAAGACCCUACAAAGGAACAAAGCUGACUUACUUUUCCGACUUGAGACAGAGAAAGCUGUUCUUCAAGCAGAACCAAAGAACAGGAUUCAUAAGCUGUACUCAGCUGUUAAAGAUGUGAGUACUGGCCUCGCUGUAAUACUUCAGUCAUAUAGAUGCCUCGGAAUCUCCAAGCUGUUGUCAGACGCAGGGCUGUCAUUAAGAGGCGGGGGCCGGAGAUUUCCCCCGGCUACUAUGACUAUGGCCCCCGGCCACUUUCAAAGGAAAAUAAAAGAAAAAUAGAACCAAAAGAAACCCCUGACUGUUUGAUUCCCCGCCUACUUGUUGUAUUUACCCUGCAACUUGAAAUCUUAGUGACAACCCUGCAGACGCUUGUAUAGACUGCGUUACAUAGUCCCGUAAUUUUUCGUAAGAUUGUCAAGAUCGAGCACUUACCUUGACGGGCGGCCAUCUUGGUGUCAAAUGUACCGAGGCGGAGGGCUCUGUUGUUUUCACGUCGUAAUCGUGCAAAAAACCGCGACGAAAUGUGCCAAAAAGUAGGGACCUUACGAAACCACGACGGCGACGGCAACAGGAACGUCAGAAGGCAAUGGGUUUAAAGAGCAAAACGUCAACUCUGCACGUGCAUCACGUUUUUUUGCCUACAUUUCUUUACCGUCCCUGCACAACUACGACGUGAAAUAACCAAGUUUUAAGAUUAAUUGGGGACGGGAAUGGCAAGGGGAUAAAUUCUAGCACCUCUGUCUGAACUCGGGCGCGGUCUCCUCUCUUCAGCUCCAACCCAAAAUCUCUUCUUUUAAGUAACUGGGGCCCUAGAGAUAAUCGCGAAAAAAAGUGAAAGGAUGUUAAGUCUAUUUGUCAACGACGUUUUCGUGGACGUUGCCGUUGUCGGAUCGUAAGGUCCACAGUGUGAUGCACGUGCAACGUUGUUGUUUUGCUUAUUAAACCUAUUGUAUUUUUUGGCGUUGUUGUUGCCGUCCGCGUCCUCGGAGCUUAAAGUCCCUAUUGUCUCAUCUUGAUCAAGACAACGUUGGUCCGAAGUGAGAAUAAAAGCCAUGAUAUUUGAAAAUAACGCGAAUUCACUAAAGUGACGCUUUUGCGGCCAUUGCCGUUGUGGUUGUUUAAGCUCUCUACUGGUUGGUCCCUCAUGGAAGGUUUGACUUUAUUUUUAUAUUUCCUCGUAGAUUGAAAGAGAAGUAGAAGAACUUACGGAUGGGACGUCCACAUGUUUUAAAGAAAACAAAAAUCCCAUUAGCCCUGCUACAGGUGAUGAAGAGAAAAAGGAAAACAUUCAGGAUGACGCAGCGAAUAUCGUAGCUGAUACAGUGGUGUAUUCACAGAGAUUACAACAGAAGAAGGAGGCUCUUUUGAAAAGAAUUGCUAAGCUACAGAAACAAUGCGAAGAGUAAGAAGUGCAUUUUGCCAUUUUAGAAGGUUUUUCUCCCCAGUUACGCUAAGCAGUCUUUCUUUCAAAUUGCCCUGCGUUAUUGUUGCUCCAUUUGCGAGACAUGUUGCAUGGGACGUUGCUCAUGCCUCGUUUAUAUGCCCUGGGAAAGAGGGUCACCCUCGCCAAGUCAACUUUAGCGAGCGUUUAUACGAGAAACAAGUAGACCGCUCUUCCCAAUUAAGGUCAACAGCACUCGCGUAUGCUCUGAUUGUGUCAAACAGCGUCAGUGCAUCCUCUGAUUGUCCUCACCGAGUUGAACCUGCUGGGCGAGUUAAAUUGUUUGUUUGGAGAAAAAUUGGUCCGACUAGGAGAGUAACCCUACAGUCGAAAAGGUUUAACCCAGCUAAGCCGGGUCACCCAUCUAGCCGAGCCAACGUUAUGUUUCUCUUUUAAACAGUUAGUCAAGUUUUGUAAGGAAAUGGAUGAAAAGUUGGUUCGCCCAGGGUAGCUCAAGUAGGCGGAUAACCCUUCUACCUAGGAAACUUUUCUCUUUAUAAACGGAGCCUCAGUAUAACAACUCCGUCAUUGAUUUUUUUAAGCAGCCAGUUCCUAUUGAUGUUUAGUGGCAAAUUCUGUUUUAAGGAUUGACCAAUGCCAUCAAGAGAGCUGUGAUCAAGUGAACAGUGUGUCAGAGAUGACAGUUCUGCGACUUCUAUUGGAGUUGGAGACUGGUGGGAAUGUUCGCUUUGAGGAUGGUAAACCACCAGACCCCUGGUACAAAUCAUGCCAUGACCUUGUUUUGUCAAGAUUCUGUGUUGGAGAUUACCAGGUAUAUUAAUUUUCUUUUAGACUGCACUCAGCCUUAUCGUUCGGGGAGCUUGAGCGACGGCGACGGCGACGGUAAUGAGAACGGCAAAAAAGAAAUAGUUUUAAUAAGCAAAACAACAACUUUGCAUGCGCAUCACGCUUUUUUGUACAUUUCUGUUGUUGCUGACCUUCACGUUUUGUGAAGGUCAGCGAAAAGUGUGUCAAGUUUCAAAAAGAACACGAUGAGUGCAUGGAAAUUCCGGGGGCAUUUAUUUCUCUGGAUUUUUACACUGUUAGAAAAAGAAAUUAUUCACUGGAAACAACAACUUGUUGUUGAUUGCCUUAGACACUCCAGAUCCUGCAAGUGAAAAUAGGAAAUCCGUCUCUAAUGAAAAACAUGAGAAUCAAUAACGAAGACCAUUCAUGGCAGUAGUUAAAGGUGACUGGUCAAUCAUCAUUAAACAUAGACCCCCACGUGACCUGAAAAAGCUGAUUGGCUACUGGUCCUAGGGUCACAAUUUACUACCGAUUGACUGUAAAAAGAAGCUUUAGGAACUGUGUAAAGGUCAGGUCAAAGUCCAUUGUUUCAACCAAUUUGGGGGAAGGGAGACUCGCAUGAUGUUGAGCACUGCAUGUUCUCUUACUUCGCGCUUCAACGCGAUUGUAGUAAUAGUUGGCGUGGCUUGUUCAGUUUCAUGCCAGAAGUGUAACAUUUUUUUUGCUCAACGUCUUUUUUAAAACUUCUUUCACAGGGUGCAGGAAUUUCUGGAAUUAAAAUUCAUCGAAUCACAAGGGUACAUAACAGAAUCUUACGAACCCGAUUUGAUGAUAAAUUGGACAAGAUUCUAGACAAGGACGAUAUCACUGAAUUAACAAAGUAUGAAGACUUUGAUAUACUGUAAUAAAUAACUCCGUUAUAUGAAGAUUAUACACUUGAACAUCCCUGUGCGACCACCUCCUGUAAGCGACCACCUAUCCAAAGACAAAAAGUUUCCCAGUCAAAAUCCUGUGAUUACAACCUCUGGUAAACGACGGCCUCUCAUACUGGCACUGCGACCAAUUUUUGGCCUGACGGUUUAAUAGUUUUCGCGUUGUUUUUAACCUCUUGUAAGCGACCACCUGAACUAAGUACCAGGGCUCCUUCAGGUUCAGGGGAGCCAAGAUCUGGAACAUUCACGCUUCCCCUGGCCCUGAGGAGCGAGCAUGAUUUAAUUAAGUUUGGGUUUGGCCUAAAAAGGCACUUUAGAUCCAAGCCAAAUUGAGCCUCCGAUACUUUCGCUAUAGUUAGUUGUUCCAAUUUUUUUUAUCUGUUAUUUUUUUUUGUGUUGUUUUUUCUUUUCAUAAGGGCCCCAUUCAAACCAGCCUCGCUGAACUGGGCACCCCGGACUAAAUAUUGUUCAAAAUAAGAAUAAAUGAAUUUAGGCAUUUAAAAACUAAAAUAUAUUUGUGGGCUGUAAAAUAAAGUUCUCAUUCAUCCUUACCCGAAAAAGAGACCUACAAUCGGCGACAAAAUUGUUGAGACAUUGUACUUAAGUAGGGUAACUUCGGAGAACAAAAGAAUCCGCACCCCUCCCCUGUCCCCUCCAUUCAAAGUUGGGGUGUUUGUUGUUUUCUAUAGGUAGCUAGAACAAGGGCACAACAUUGCACGGAGGGGAUGGGGGAGGAAAGCAAUAUUUCCUCCUUUUGAAGUUAAUAAAACGUAAAAAAGCCCAGUUUUGGGCGAAGUGUCUCAACUCAUUUUGUCGCCGAUUGUAGCCAUUCCUUACUAUACUACUUUGUGAAAUUCAUAUUUUAGUGUAUCAACAUUACCAUAUCCGAAGUCAAAUUUUGUGUCGUGUAGUGUAUUGGAGAUGGAAGUACUUAAAGCCGUUUCAAGCUGGACUAAUUCCUGUUUUGUUCCAGGGGAAGAUCGUACAAGAGAUUUUUAGAAUAUCUAUUCUUUAUGUGGGAUCCAUCUUUACUUGACGGAAACGGAGAACCCAUUAGAGUCUUGGAGAAAGGCUUCCGUCCUGCAUCUGUUUAUGAGGUGCGUAAAUUUGUGUGUUUAUAUACGUGACUGCAUUAAACCAUGAAAACUGCCACCCUCCUCUCCAGGAUAAUUGACCAAACAAGAGAGAAAAAUCCUUAUGCUCCUCCGUUCAAUAUUCAAGAAAGGGAACAAAUUUCAUUUUGUGAAAAUGGUGAAGACAAAUAGCGGCAUUACUUUUAGUAGCAUGCUAGACACUGCGAAAGAGGCUUCAUUCGAAUGGUCACACCAGAGGAUUUCAACCACAGCCUCAAAAGUUAGAACUAUACAUAGUAAAUAUACAGUACCACGUAAACGUACUGCGGAAGAGGUUCAUUUUAAUGGUCACACCGUAGGAUUUCAUCCACAGACUCAAAAGUUAGAACUAUAUACUAAAUAAAUAGUGCUAUGUGAAAGUACUGCUGCCAGAGGUUUCAUUUGAAUGGUGACACCAUAGGAUUUCAUCCACAGACUCAGAAGUUAGUUUACAUACUAAAUAAAUAGUACCAUGUGAAAGUACUGCUGAAGAGGUUUCAUUUGAAUGGUCACAGCAUAGGAUUUCAUCCACAGACUCAAAAAUUAAAAUUGUGGAUGGCCUGUAAUAAGCCAUUUGUGCGAUGACGUCAUUUUACUUCUACGACCAGAGUCCUUCAGAUAUUGUUUUCUAGAGCAAAUUAGGGGUUUUGUUAUUUAAACCUCACUGGGAUUGCCAAAUUUAAAUAUGAAAAGAAAAACGAAGUGGAUUCUGGUCGUAGUAGUAAAAUGACGCUAUCGUGCAAAUGGCCUAUUGGCUCUGGGAUUGUAAAGCGCUCUGUACAUUAAUUCUGUGUUGAUUCGUUGUGUUCUGCAGGCAUUGAAUGAAGAUGGUGGUGUUCCUCUCGCGAACAGCGUCAGUGUCUGCGACAGACCCAGAGUGGAUUACCUCAGGACAAAAGCCAAACAGAGAGGGAGUACCGAUCAAUGCCCUUUUAGGCAUGGUGAGUGUUCUGUAGUGGCCAGGAAGUCAAAUAAAAUAGUCUAAAGCGAUACAAACCAAUAGGCUUACUCCAAGCAGUUGUCUUAUGUACAUUAUUUUAAUGCAUGCAUUAGUAAUUGAUAAUGAAAAACCUGACUCGCCAAUUGAAGGAUGGGUGCCUCAGAUAUCCAGGAGCUUCUCCUAUUGGCAGAUUAUUGGCAGCCAACUAAAUCAAGCAGGUGGAGUCUGCAUCGCUGGCAUAUCUUGGCAACCCGACCUUAAGCCUCAGGGAGGGGGUAACAGUCGUUAACUGACGCUAGCUUGCAGUCGCUGACCACCCGUGACAGCUCAAUUUGAGAAUUGUUUGAGAGCACUCGAUGUUUUGACACAUGGGCAUAACUUAAUUCCGCUGACCGCGGUAGGGCAGCUUGGGCGCUCUUAGCUGUCAACCACGUUAAGUAUCAUUAACCGACUCUAUUUUUUAAGGGUUUGGAGGAUUUUUUUCCGUUCUACAGCUUGCCAUAAUAAAGCAAUUGUGGUACUUUUCGGGGAGCCACGAAGCCUUUCGAAACAGUAGAUUAAUGACCCAAAUGAUGUCCCUAUAGCCCUAAAAAAUAGUUCGUGUUUUUAAAGUUCAGUCAAUGGGUUCUGUAGAGCUUCGUGGUUCCAGUACUUUCAAGUCCAACAAAAUAAUUAUUUACCCCGUGUUACGUUUAGGUCAACUGAUCGUCGCCAAAGUGUUUGUUGGAAAUGUGGUACCUGUUAAGAAUGAAAACAAGUAAGUGAAACAUGACCUUUUUGUCUACAGUUUUAGUCAGGCUUUGUAUAUUUUGUUAUCAUAUUUCGAGCAUUUUAGUGAGGUAAGGGCAUUAAGCAAUGUAUUAUUCCAGUAUUUUUGCGGAAUUUUCCAGGAAUUUUUUUUUUGUUGUCAGAGAAGAUGAAAAUUGUACAAAAAAAUUUAAGAGAAAUUGAAUACUUACAGUCGAAAUGCGAAAGAAAAAAAUUCACAUGUCAUACAGCCGACUAAGGGGUUAUCUUUUGCUGUACAAAAACCAUUAACUUGUUUAUGUUGCUGUUAUAACACUAAUAAGAUUUUGAAAAGAAACGAAAAAAGCCACUUUAUGAUGGAUGUGAUCGAGCAUUUUAGUGACUUUUGUGGGAGAGAGUCAUACCACGCAUUUUAUUGGGAAAAAACGGAGCAUAAAGGGGGAGCAUGUUAUUUGGAAAACAAAAGCAUAAUGCACAAAAGUCCAGUUAUAGUAGCUACAAUUAGUUUGUAGAUACCUGGUGGAACCCAGAACACUUCACCACUUGCAGAUCUCCUAUAAUGCACCUUAUUUGCCCCCCAACAUUUUGCAUAAGCAUUGCUUUCAGUUUCUCUUGGGACGGCUGUAAUACCUAGGAGAAAUGAAAAACAAAGGUUAUGCAAAAUGUUGGGGGCAAAUAAGAUGCAUUAUAGGAGAUGUGCAGGUGGCGAAUAAGAAGGAAGUGUUUGGCCAAGAAAGUACACUGGGGUGGGCGGGGGGGGCGGGGAUUUGGGAGUUACAAGACCUCUCUUCUUUCGUCUUGGGUGAAAAUUCUCUCUGCAUCCUUUACGAAAAUAUUCAAGAAGCUUUUUUCUAAUGUUCUGGAAACUCUCGAAUUCUGGAUUACACAGUCAAUUCUCUCUCCACACUAUUUGUCCGUUCGGCUUGAUAGGUGUAAACUAACAACGUUGAUUUUUCCUUCUUAGAAUUGCAAAGGCGUCUUAUCGAGGUGCAGACUCCGUUUAUCGAAGUAGGGUACACGAGAACUGCCCGUCGGGUUUGAAAAGAUCAGUCAGGGACACGAAUUGCGAGUGUAGUACGCAGCAGUGUGCGUGGUACGUGUUUGAUAACGAGAUGGUGCUGCCUGAAUAC